UCUGUCAACGAAUCAGCGUGCGUGGAUUGGUGCUGGUUCGCGGGCGGCCUCCUCCACGGGCUCGGUCUUCAAGGCUCACGGAGAGCGAAUGUCGUCAUGAGCGAACAACAGGACAUUAUGGCCACCACUGUUGCUGUGAGUCCCAGUGAAUACCUUCAACCCUCCACCACUUCCGCACAAGACACUCAGCCUUCUCCUCUGGCCCUCCUGGCGGCCACCUGCAGUAAAAUCGGACCUCCAGCCGCUCAGGCCCCUGUAACGUCCCCCCCCACACAGCCACAGCCUCGGAGGCUUCUCCCCAUAAAGCCGGCUCCAAUAGCUCCAGCGCCCCCCAAAAACCUCAGCUUCCUCCCAACGAAAGGCAAUGUGAUCCAGCUGCCCGCCGGCCUGGGCUCGGCCGCCCCCGGCGCCCCCAUCGUGCUGACCAUCCAGCAGAGCCCCGCCCGCUCCAGCGCGUCGGGCCCGGCCAACAUCCAGUACCAGGUGGUGCCGCAGAUCCAGGGCACGCAGACCAUCCAGGUGAUGCCGCAGGGGGGCCAGAUCCAGCUCAUCCCGGGCACCAACCAGGCCAUCAUCACCACGCCCAUGACCGUGCCGGCCCCGGCCGCCGCCGCCACCCCCAUCACGCCGCCAAAGACCGUGGCCAUCAAGCCCUCCCCCAAGACGCGGAAGUCGAACAACGCCGCCGCCAACGUGGUGCAGCUGCCCGGCGGGCUCACCCUCCCCCUCAACGUAGCCACCGGGGAGGUGGGCGGGACCCCCGUGGUCACCGAGACGGCGGCCGCGCCCCCCACGCCCGAAAAGGGGCGGCGGGGGAGGAAAAAGAAAGUGGUCCUGCCCGCCGAGCCUCCGCCACCGGCUCCCGCACAGGCGGCCUCCCCGACCCCGGAGCAGAUGGAGACCAUAGUCAUAGAGGCCGGGGACAACAUCAUCCAGGCAGGCAACAACUUGCUGAUUGUGCAGAGUCCCGGGCAGCCCGCCAUGGUGCAGCAGGUCCAGCUGGUCCAGCCAAAGCCCGACUCUCAGCUGGUCCAGAUCCCCCAGCAGGCCUUGAAGGUGGUGCAGGCCGCCUCCGCCACGUUGCCCCAGGUCCCUCAGAGGCCGUCUGCUUCCAGUCUGCAGGUCACUUCAGCAGACCCGACGCCAACGCAGAUCCUCUUUAAAACAUCUUCAGGGGAGUGGCAGUCGCUUCAGCUUCAGGAAUCCGUCUCCACCACGACCACCCCCGCCACCUCGGUUGCCCCGGCAACGACGUCGCCGCCCGCCAGCACCAAGAGGACGCACGCGGGCGGGAAAAAGGAGCGGACUCUGGCUAAAAUUGCCCCAGCGGGGGGAAUAAUAGCUUUCAACCCAUCCCAGCUCUCCUCGGCAGCACAAGCGGUUCAAACCAUCAGCAUAAACGGGGUCCAAGUUCAAGGAGUUCCUGUUACCAUCACCAACGCCGGGGGCCAGCAGCACCUCACCGUGCAGACCAUGCAGGGCGCCGGGAUCCAGCUGGCGGCCGCACAGGGCCAGCAGGCCAUCCAGGUGGACCAGACCCUCACCCUGGAGCUGCCCGGUCAGCCGGGGGAGAAAAAGCGACGCAUGGCCUGCACCUGCCCCAACUGCAAAGACACAGACAAGAGGCCCGGUGAGGUGGGGAAAAGGAAACACAUAUGCCACGUCCCCGGCUGCGAGAAGACCUUCAGGAAAACGUCGCUGCUCAGGGCUCACGUCCGGCUGCACACGGGGGAGCGGCCCUUCGUCUGCAACUGGGUCUUCUGCGGGAAGCGCUUCACGCGCAGCGACGAGCUGCAGAGGCACGCGCGGACACACACAGGAGACAAACGCUUCGAGUGCAGCCAGUGUCAGAAACGCUUCAUGAGGAGCGACCACCUGACGAAGCAUUACAAGACUCACAUAAACACCAAAAACCUGUGAGCAGACUCAGCCGGGGCGAAAACUGAGAUGAGCUGUCAGAACUGUGUAACAGGAAGGACAGCAGAGGGUGUGUGUGAGUUUGUGUGUGUGUAAGUGUGUGUGCGCGUGGCUUUCCUCAUACAGGAAAAUACUCCAGAAAAAGCCUCUAUAUCCCCCCCCCCCGCCUCCUCCAGGACACCGUUGUUGUGUGAUGUACAGAGAAAAUCCUCCCACGCGGACUUCAGACUCAUCCUGUAAAAUUACUAUUCUUUUUUCUUUUUUUUUUUUCUUUCUUCUGUUCUUAAAGACCAGAAGCAGCUCUGGCUGAAUUUCUAAGAUGAUGAGAAGGCAUGGCUUCAGAUACAGAUGUUCAUGGACUUCUAUGAAGGAUGAACCUUUUCAGACAUCGACCCCCAAAGCGGAUCUUACCUCAGUGGAAUGGUAACGUGAAGGCUGUACGCAGCACUCACCCCCCCGUGGGCUCUGUUUCCUUUAUUUUUACGUUUCUCCAUCUUCUUCGUCUCAAAGAGUUUAAUGUCAUUUAGCUCAUUCUGUCAUCAAAACGUUCAGUCAAUUCUGGAGAUUUAUGCUCUGACUUUUAUAGUUUUUUUUUAUUAUUAUGAACUUCUCUUUUUUAAAUCGAGCAGUUGAAAUGAUUGGACGAUCUUUGGUGGGCGGAGACCUGUUCACGCAUGGUUGAUGAGCUCCAUAGUUUCUGCUGAUAGGGACGCCAACGCAACACGCAAAGCACUUUGACUUUUUAUAUUGUAUUUCAUGUCUGGCGGCAUUACCUUUUUUCUUGUUUUGAAACCCGUUUCAGUAUUAAAAAGCCGUAAUCUUUCAAACAACCAGACGUUGGUGUUCCAGGUUUGAGCUUUUCCUCUUAAACGCUAACGCCGUGGCACGAUGGGCCCUCACCGUCGGGCACGCUUAUCAACGUUUAAAAGGGGUUUUAGGAUCAUAUGGUAGCUUA